ACAGUUAUCUGUCUGGUUCAGUGGACGUAGCGAAUACAAUAAACUCAUAUAUAUCUUCCCUGCUAUGACGAGUUAUAAAAAGGCAGUUUAAUCUUAAAAAGGUACAUUGCUAGUCUGUCCUCACUUCACCCAGCACUGAAUCUCCUUACUGGCAACACGAGUAUUCCCUUGACAAGACCUUGAGAGUUUGAGAGCUUAUCGAAGUCUCAGCGGUUUAGUGGUGACUGUGCUUCUGUGAACAUCCGAGGGCGGGAGUGAUUGAUGGAACAAAAUAGAUAGCUUGAUAAACGCAGGAUGAGUGAAAGCAUAAAAGCCGAGGUCGUAGUAGUCGGCGCGGGCGUGCACGGGAGCAGCGCCGCCCUUCACCUGGCACGGGCGGGGAAGAAAACAGUUUUACUUGAACAGUUCACCGUCCCCCACUCCCGGGGAAGCAGUCAUGGCCAAACACGUAUCAUCAGGAAGACCAAUUUUGGGACACCUGCUUUGGCCCCGUUGCUCGAGGAUUCGUACAGGCAGUGGGAAAGCAUACAAGCUGAGGCUGGCGAAGUGCUGCUUAGGCCAUCUCCGCUGCUUGUCUUAGGAACGAAGGAAAAAGAGGCACUUAUGGAGAAGAUGGCCAAGUCAGUGCGAGAAGCUGGCCACGCCCCCCAGUGGCUCGCUCCCGCACACGUCAACAACAUGUUUGGACUGGGAUGUGGAGAUGACACCAUGGCCUUCCUAGACCCCAGCGGAGGCGUGCUGAUGGCUGACAAAUGUGUUGGGGCCCUACAGCGCCUGUUCCGAGCUGCUGGCGGGAUGCUCCUUGACGGAUGGCCUGUCGACGAGAUUAAAGUGGCACAGGACGGGUCAAUCGAGGUCAAAGGUCACAGGGGAAGGGUGCGUGCGACCUCGCUUGUCCUGUGCCCUGGUCCCUGGGCUGCUCCUCUCUUGGCCAAGAUUGGGGUAAAGAUUCCUGUCAGAGUGGAAAGGAUCUCGGUGCUCUACUGGCGAGUGAAGGACCCGAGCAGGACGUCGACAGUAUCCUUCGUCGACGUCUCGGAUGACAGGGGACAUUUCUACGGCCUGCCUGACAUCGAGUACCCGGGUCUCAUGAAGCUCUGCUUCCACGGAGGUCCUGAAGUGCAUCCCGACCAGCGAGACAAAGGUGACUUCACGGAGAUAAGGGAGAGAGUGAUGCUGUAUGUCAAGGAGAAAUUCCCUUGCCUCGACCCUCAGCCUGCAAUUGAGGAGUCUUGCAUGUACACGACUACGCCGGACGAGGAAUGCGUCAUAGACCGUCACUCGAAAUACAAGAACAUCAUUUUCUCUGCCGGAUUUUCGGGAACCGGCUUCAAGAUCGGGCCAGCCGUCGGGAGGAUCCUAUGUCAGUUGGUCUUGGGUCAUCCUCCUCCUUGUGAUCUCAGCGCCUUCAGUUUGUCAAGAUUUUCCAAGAGCAAGAUUUAAUAGGCCUAUGGGGGAUGU